AUGGCGACCCAAGCUGCGUCUGAGGUGGAUGGUGGUCCACAAGUAUUUCGGCACACUCCCUUCGAUGAUGCGCAGACACAUGUUCGACUGCUUCGAUUUGUAUCCAAACACGAAGAUGAUGUGAGGCUGGAGAUCAGUACCUGGACUCGACCGGAGCUGCCAAAGGACGAAGGCGAAGACGAACACGAGUGGAGGCUUUGGCAUGACAGGAGGCGCCCAUAUGAAACGCUCACAUUUCAUGCCAUUUCCUAUACAUGGGGUGAUGAGAAGGACCAACGACAGAUCAAGAUCAAUGGCCUUGCCUUCACGGUAAGGCGCAAUUGUUUCGAGGCGAUGGCCAAAGUUCGAUUGCACUAUCCUGAUGAGUACUUCUGGAUCGACUCCAUCUGUAUCAACCAGGGCGAUGACGUGGAAAAGAGUGCCCAGGUGGCGAUGAUCUAUGAGACCUUCUGCGGCGCCGAACGUGUUCUCGCAUGUCUAGGCGACCUGUGUAUGGUUCGGGACACGACGGGUAUGAAGAAUCACUACAAGUCAUCCGACCCGGAAGGUCCAGCCAUCUUCGCGCAUGACAGAGAUGGGCCCACUCUUGACAGCAAUACUCUGGCUGAUACCCCGUCACACGCCGCGCAUACUCUGGAGUCUCGAAUUAGAGAGGCGUUACCACAUGGUGAUAUAUCGUUGUCUCACCUAUCCCGGAACGAGAAGCUUCACCCAAUCUGCCAGCCGUGGGUUGACUCUUUGACCUUUUCCACCGCACAAUCCCUUCGACAUGGUCUUUGGAGCUUCUUGGUACAGGAGUACUGGUCACGAGUAUGGAUCAUGCCCGAGAUUGCAGCAGCUGGAGAUGAUCUGCAGCUGCUUGUUGGCACUGCGAAGGUGAAUUCACUACAUAUACAUCUUUUGAUGAUGCUUGCAGGGGGACGCGGAGGUUCUGAUAAGCAUCAUAUUAACUUUAAUAAGCUCGACGUUUCUCGAAUCUGGGGCGAACACAAGCCGCCUAGGCUACAUGACGAAUAUAUAUCAGACGGCUGCAGGGUCGCGAUGGGUACGAUUGCUCGCAAACAAACAGAGUCAUUGUCAGAUUCCUUGCUCGGGUCUCGAGGGAAGCGCUGUAGUGAUCCGCGUGAUCGAAUCUAUGCGCUUCUACCUAUCAUGCACUCACAUGUGCCAUUCCGACCAGACUACAGCAAGUCCUGCUUUAAACUUGCCGUCGAGGCGUUUGGAUAUGUUCGAGUCCACGAAGCACACGAAGGCGAAUUCUUUACUAUUAUCGCGCUUGCUCUGGAAGUUGACGAAGAUGACCUGGCACGAGCUCUUGGUCUGGAUGGGACGCUGAAUGACGAGAUCGAGAGGUUCAGGAAGGAAUCCAGAGAACGUCGUGUUAAGGAGAGGCGGGAGAAAGAGUAA